AUGCAGAACAUCAGGGAGAAGCUCCGUCGGAAGUUGUCGCUGCACGACAAGAACCCCGACUUCAACGACUACCACGACCCCGAGGACCUUGACGACGAGACCCACCGCCACGCUAACCGCGAGUAUGCCCACGCCGAAGAGUCCAACGAACCCUACGGCAAACAAGGCUCCUUCCUAAACAAGCUCAUCAUGUCCGGCAACAAGAAGACGGAGGAAGAGAUUCACCGCGAGCAAGCCGCCGGUGUCGGCACUGCUGGUACGAGCACUAGCACCACUGCCGGGCUCAGGGAGAACAUGCAGUCUAGUGGCACCACAGGCAACAGCACCCUGGGUGGCAGUACCACGAUGCGAGAUGGGGACAUGGCUUACAGGAAUGACCCAAAGAUCCCCCAACAGGGCGAGCAGAGGCUGCAAUAG